CUCGUCAUUCACUCCGGUCGCCGCCAGUCAAAUCCGUCCUCAGUAUCAAAGCAACAAUGGCUAGCAAGCUGUUCCUCGCCGCCGCCCUCUUGCAGGGUGUGCUGUCUUCACCGCUUGCCGUUGAAGAGCGCCAGGCAUGCGCCGCUCAGUGGGCUCAAUGUGGUGGACAGGGCUACACCGGCCCGACGUGCUGCCAGUCCGGAAGCACUUGUGUUGUCUCCAACCAGUGGUACAGUCAAUGUCUCCCCGGCUCCAGCAACCCCACGACGACCUCAACGACCUCGAGCUCGACCACCUCUAGCUCGACUUCGCGCCCCCCGACCUCGGUGCCGACCUCGGCAUCGACCAGCCCGACUUCGCUCCCGCCCUCCACGACCACGAGGCCCACUACCACGGCCACGGGCGGCAGCGGUCCCGGAACCACAGCCUCGUUCACCGGCAACCCUUUCGCGGGCGUCAACCUCUUCCCCAACAAGUUCUACUCGUCCGAGGUUCACACCCUGGCCAUCCCAUCGUUGACGGGCUCGCUCGUCGCCAAGGCCUCUGCCGCGGCCCAGGUGCCGUCGUUCCAGUGGCUUGACAUUGCCUCCAAGGUCGAGACUCUCAUGCCCGGUGCGCUGGCUGACAUUAGGGCCGCCAACGCUGCCGGUGGCAACUACGCCGCCCAGCUUGUCGUCUACGAUCUGCCAGAUCGUGACUGUGCCGCCGCUGCUUCCAACGGCGAGUUCUCCAUCGCCGAUGGCGGUGUCGUCAAGUACAAGGCAUACAUUGAUGCUAUCCGCAAGCAGCUUCUUGCUUACUCGGAUGUUCGCACCAUCCUUGUCAUUGUAAGAGACUCCCUUGCCAACAUGGUUACCAACAUGGGCGUGCCCAAGUGUGCCGGUGCUAAGGACGCCUACCUUGAGUGCACCAUCUACGCCGUCAAGCAGCUGAACCUGCCUCACGUCGCCAUGUACCUCGACGGUGGCCACGCAGGAUGGCUCGGCUGGCCUGCUAACCUGCAGCCCGCUGCUGAUCUCUUUGGCAAGCUGUAUACCGAUGCUGGCAAGCCGUCGCAGCUUCGUGGCAUGGCUACGAACGUCGCCAACUACAAUGCCUGGGACCUGGCUACCGCACCUUCCUACACGACCCCGAACCCCAACUGGGACGAGAAGAAGUACAUCUCUGCCUUUGCUCCUCUCCUCGCUGCCAAGGGCUGGUCUGCACACUUCAUCAUUGACCAAGGCCGCUCCGGAAAGCAACCCACUGGCCAGAAGGAAUGGGGCCACUGGUGCAACCAGCAAGGUGUUGGUUUCGGCAGGCGUCCUUCUGCCGACACCGGCUCCGAGCUCGCCGACGCUUUCGUCUGGAUCAAGCCCGGCGGUGAAUGCGAUGGUGUUUCCGACCCCACCGCUCCUCGAUUCGAUCACUUCUGUGGGACUGACUACGGCGCAAUGCCCAACGCCCCUCAAGCUGGACAGUGGUUCCAGAACUACUUUGAGAUGCUUCUUACCAACGCCAACCCGCCAUUGUAAGCGGGUAACAGUGUAACGGCUGCUUUGGGGCGGAGAGUUGCCGCAGCAAAAGAGGCCGUGGUAAUGAUGUGGUGUUGCUGUUCUGAUCAGGGGUGUCACGUGCAGAGUCAAUUCAUCACGUGCUACCCCUGAGUUCCUGGCAACACAAUCGCGACUUCCUAGUUUGGAUAUCCUUCUUUGUACAGACUUACCUUACAUAGCAAAAAUUUCUAUGGUCCUAUGGGCCACGUUGUC